CACAAACCCUAAUUCUGUUUUCGUUGUGCGAGAGCGAGAGAGAGUGAGAGAGAGAGAGGCACAGCCAGAAGCUGAAGCAGAAGCAGCCAUGUCUACUGCAAGGACUGUCAAGGACGUUUCUCCACAUGAGUUCGUCAAGGCCUACGCUGCUCAUCUCAAGCGAUCUGGCAAGAUGGAGCUUCCAGAGUGGACCGAUAUCGUGAAGACUGCUAGGUUUAAAGAGUUGGCUCCUUAUGAUCCUGACUGGUACUAUAUUAGAGCUGCUUCCAUGGCAAGAAAGAUCUAUUUGAGAGGUGGACUUGGUGUUGGUGCAUUCCAGAGGAUUUAUGGUGGGAGCCAGAGGAAUGGUAGCCGCCCUCCCCAUUUCUGCAAGAGCAGUGGUUCUAUUGCUCGUCACAUUCUUCAACAGUUGCAGACCAUGCACAUCAUUGAACUUGACAACAAGGGUGGGAGGAAAAUCACUUCCAGCGGCCGUCGAGAUCUGGACCAAGUGGCUGGACGGAUUGUGGUUGUUGCUCCUUGAUCGGUAACUUCUACCCGGCUGCUUCUAUGACCACAACAGAUUUUGUUUUGAUAUUAGUUACCGAGUGUCUUAUGUAUUGGCCGUACCGAAUGUUAUGUUGCUUUUAGAUGAUCUUGUCACAUUUAAUUUUACUAGUUUUUUGAAUUUUCGUCUGGUACAUUAUUGUUCUUCAAGUGGCCUUGCGUAUGAAAUGGAAUUUUAUGUUUGAACUA